AUGGCUCAAAAGUACCAUAUCGAGAACCCCCAUGUGGGCAAUACAGGAAGCUCUGAGGAUUGGCGCAUCCGAGGCUACAACCCCCUCACGCCCCCCGAUCUCCUGCAGCACGAAAUCUCGCAAACGCCCAAAUCCAAAGAAACCGUCCUCGCUGGACGCAACGAAGCCGUCGCCGUGGUGAACGGUACCGAUGCGCAAAAUCGCCUCCUUGUCGUCAUUGGACCCUGUUCAAUCCACGACCCAGCCGCUGCUCUCGAAUACGCGUCCAAGCUCGUCGUUUUGAAGGAGAAAUACGCAGAUGAUUUACUGAUCGUCAUGCGGAGUUAUCUAGAGAAGCCUAGGACGACGGUGGGAUGGAAGGGGUUGAUUAAUGAUCCGGACAUCGACAAUAGUUUCAAGAUUAACAAGGGGUUGAGGACUGCGAGGCAGUUGUUUGUGGAUUUGACGGAGAAGGGCAUGCCGCUUGCGAGUGAAAUGUUAGAUACGAUAUCGCCGCAGUUCACUGCUGAUUUGCUGUCUCUUGGUGCGGUGGGCGCGAGGACGACGGAAUCACAAUUGCACCGGGAACUGGCGAGCGGAUUGUCUUUCCCGGUUGGGUUCAAGAAUGGCACAGAUGGGACACUGGGAGUGGCGAUUGAUGCCAUUGGAGCAGUCAGACACCCGCAUCACUUCUUGUCUGUGACGAAGCCGGGUGUGGUGGCUAUUGUGGGCACGGUGGGAAAUGAGGAUUGCUUUGUUAUUCUACGGGGUGGGACGAAGGGCACGAAUUACGAUGCUGCGAGUAUUGCGGAAGCAAAGGCUCAGCUAGCGAAGAGUGGCGUUAAUGGACGGCUGAUGGUCGAUUGCAGUCAUGGGAAUUCGCUGAAGAAUCAUAAGAAUCAGCCAAAGGUUGCGGCGGUGCUUGCGGAGCAGAUCACCAAGGGUGAGCAGGCGAUCAUGGGAGUUAUGAUUGAGAGUAAUAUCAAUGAGGGCGCUCAGAAAGUUCCCAAGGAAGGUAAGGCAGGUCUAAAGUAUGGUGUCAGUAUCACAGAUGCAUGUAUUGGAUGGGAAGACACAGAGUCAGUUCUCGAGGCACUAGCAAAGGCUGUCCAGCAGCGGAGAGAAUUGGUUAAAGGCCCAAACGGACAUUCUUGA